AUUCACUAGAUCUGGUCUCCCACAGUACACACAACAUGGAAAUGCAAUUAUUUUAGUAAUUAUAAACUGCUAAAUACCUUUUCUCAUCAGCAGUUAGAGCAGUCUUAGAACCGGUUAAAGCUUGUAGGAGGAGUUUUUUUCUGCUCUAGGAGGAUGCAAAACCCCUGACCCUCUGUCUGGAGAGUGCUGAUUGGCCCUGUGCUGAUCACAUGCACUCUCCCAAGAAAAAAAAAACUCCCUAGCAAUACACACUAAAUUGAGCAUGUGCAUGAGGCUACGGGUUCAGUCUGCCUUAUCAGAUGGACAUCUGAACAAGAGGAGGGGCAGAGAAAACAGGAUCAAGUGGCCUAUGUACGGAAUGCAGAAGAUUAACCUCUUAGGUUCCACAGUGAGUAUAACAAGCAUGCUUUACUGCAUAUAUACACUGAUUUUACUGGUGUGGGUUUAG